AUGGUCAAGUUCUACGAAGAUUUCAACUCUAACCUUUCAGACCUACUUAAUAAGAAGUUCGGAGGAGAAGGGUUCAUCGCUAAAGUCAAGACUUCCCACAUUAAAGUGAAAGGCAAUGCAAGCAUUAAGGAUGCUACCUCAAAUAUUUCUUCAAAAUUAUCAUACAAAAUUAAUGACAAUGUUGAUACCAGUCUCACUGUGAGCACCCCUCACCACUAUCUAUUGAAACUCACUACUGACUUCAAGGACCGUUUCAAGGAUUCAGCAGCAAAGUUGACCGGAUUCAAGAUUGAAGCUGAACUUGGGUGCGAUGAGCAUACUCACACUUACCCAACCACUUUCCACAGUAACCUUAAAUUCAACAAUAAAGUUGGCUUACACACCUAAGUCAUGACUGAGAAGGGCAAUAGUCUCUUAGCUCAACUUGAUAUUUAUGCAAAUAUUUACAAAUAGAUUUAUGGAGGUGGAGAAGUAAUUUAUGAUGAUAAGGCCAAAUCCCUUAUUCUCAGUAAAUAUGGUCUCUUCUAUAGAUUCAAUAAGGAUUACAAUGUCGCUCUUGAGUAUUCUCAAGAAGGUGAUUUGAAGACAGUUCAGUCAUCCUUCUACCACAAUGCCAAUCCCAACACUGCUGUUGGUUCCAGAUUUGUUCUUGAUUUGGACACUCAGAAGAUUGGAGUUACUUCAGCUGUGCAGCACAAACUCGAUGAAGCUACCACUUUGAAAGCUAGAGUUGACAAUCUCGGUACCCUUGAUCUCGCUGUAACCAGCAGAAUAAGUGAAAAUCUUACAGCCACCUUCUCAACUGGUAUGAAUGCUAGUGGAGUUCUUCAUGGAAAAACUCAUGAUGAAUCCUACUCAGGCCUUCAAUUCAGUUUUAAUCUCUGA